AUGCGACGAUACUACAACCCCAUCCGAGCGGCGGCCUCUCUCAUCCGUUUAGAUGCACGCCUACCUCCGAGAUCACAGUUCCGCGCCUUCACAACCACACGUGCCCUCCAUCGCAGCCAUGACGGCGCGGGCGCCCAGGACCACUAUGCCACGCUCAAGGUAGCACCCAAUGCUUCGCCCUCUGAGAUCAAAAAACCGCCCUCACGCGACAACACGCAACUAAGUCUCGUCCCACCUCCUCCCAGAUCCUUCUAUGCCCUCUCCAAAGCCCACCACCCCGACCACAACCCGAACGACCCAACGGCGACGACCAAAUUCCACGCCAUCUCCGAAGCCUACGCCACGCUCGGCACGCCCGCCAAGCGCGCCGUCUACGACCGCGACCACGCCCGCCACAGCCACCACGCCCACGCGCACCACGGGCACGGGCACGGCGGCGCCCAGCCCCGCGGCUCCUAUCACUCGGCCGGCGGCCGCCCGGCCUCGGGCCUCUCGCGCCGGCGAUCCGCCUUUCGCGGCCCGCCACCGAGCUUUCUACCGCAGCGGCGGUUGGGGCGCGCAGACGGAGAAGCGCAGGCCGCGCACGACGACAGCACGGGCGGCACGGGCGCGACGCCCCACGGCACGCGACCGCCGCCGCGCGCCUGA